CAGGGAGGACAGCAAGAGGAGCCGCACCUGGUGCAUCGGGCCCGCCCCCCUGGCAGGGCGGCCGACGGGGGCCGGGUGCGCCUUUGCGGAGGACGUGGGUCCUGCUGGCGCGGCCGCGCAGUCCGCCCCGCAGGCCGUCCGGGCGGGGUGGGCCGUCUGGAGCCCCGUGCAGAAGAGGAUGGUGAAGCCCAAGGAUUUGGACGAGGACGUGGACGGCGAGACGAAGCAGAGCAUCGACACGAUCACGGUGCAGGGCAUCGUCGGCUUCACGGUCCAGUGCGGCGCCGUGCCCGCCCUGAGCGGGCGCCUGUUCGUGCGGCAGGGCGUCGAGUUCUACGAGAGGCCCGUGUACGUGAACGAGGCCAAGCUUCUGGAAGACAGCACCUUGUACCUGUACUGGUUCAAAGAUGGAGGCGACCUGAAUGAAGGGUUGUCUAUGGGAAACGAGAGGAAUAUCCGCGACGCAGUCGACGCCAGCGAGAUCUUCCAGUCUGGGUGCUGGGUGGUGAGCGCAAAAAUGGGUGCGAGCCCAACUUCAUCUGGCGGUGAUCACGUGGACACAGAGUAUCUGGUUGCUUACCUAAACGAUCGGGCCUUCUCGCCAUACUACAUUGCGACGGGGGCGAAGUGGUGGGUGAAGGACGACACGCUGGGCAGUUGGAUUUCAACGCAGCUUGACUGCAUGCACCAAGUGUCGCAAAAGCCCGACCAGGCGAUGGACUUCUUCGACAGCUCGGAUGAGGAAGACCUUAGCGAUUCCGACUGA